AUGUUGACGCCGAGGACAAGGCUCCUGACGCUGAGGAGAAGGGUCCUGACGCGAGGACAAGGUUCCAGACGCUGACGACAAGGUUCCUGACGCUGAGGACAAGGUUCUUGACGCGAGGACAAGGUUCCUGACACUGAGGACAAGCUUCUUGACGCUGAGGACAAGGUUUCUAACGCUGAGGAAAAGGUUCGUGACACUGAGGACAAGGCUCCCGACGCUGAGGACAAGCUUCCUGACGCUGAGGACAAGGUUCCAGACGCUGAGGACAAGGUUCCUGACGAUGAGGAUAAGGUUCUUGACGCUGAGGACAAGCUUUCUAACGCUGAGGAAAAGGUUCGUGACGCUGUGGACAAGGCUCGUGACGCUGAGGACAAGGUUCCUGACGCGAAGCCAAGGUUCCUGGCGCGAGGACAAGGUUCCAGACGCUGAGGACAAGGUUCCUGACGCUGAGGACAAGAUUCUUGACGCUGAGGACGCUGAGGACAAGGCUCCUGACGCUGAGGGCAAGGCUCCUGACGCCCGGACAAGGUUCCUGAUGCGAGGACAAGGUUCUUGAUGCUGAGGAUAAGGUUCCUGACAAGAGGACAAGGUUCCUGACGCGAGGACAAGGUCCCUGGCGCUGAGGACAAAUUCCUGCCGCUGAGGACAAGGUUUCUAACGCUGAGGAAAAGGAUGUUGACGCCGAGGACAAGGCUCCUGACGCUGAGGAGAAGGGUCCUGACGCGAGGACAAGGUUCCAGACGCUGACGACAAGGUUCCUGACGCUGAGGACAAGGUUCUUGACGCUGAGGACAAGGUUCCUGACGCUGAGGACAAGCUUCCAGACGCUGAGGACAAGGUUCCUGACGCUGAGGACAAGGUUCCUGACGCUAGGACAAGGUUCUUGACGGAGGACAAGGUUCCUGACGCUGAGGACAAGGUUCCUGACGCGAGGACAAGGUUCCUGACGCGAGGACAAGGUUCCCGACGCUGA